CCAUGCUGCCACUGCAGUAGGGCUAAGAUGGUCGGUUUUUUAUCAUCUGUCACCAUGCAUGUCACGUUCUAACAAGUUUGUAAGAGCAAAAGUGAUGCAAAAUAUUGUUAAAAAUAUGUAUCUACACUUUGUAUUAAAAUAAAAUCAAUUUUAAACAACCUCUGUCUUCUCAGUUUUAUUGACCAUUUGUAAAUUUUACAUUGAAAAAAGGUUGCAUUCCUUAUUACCAAAUGGCUGUUCGUAAAAAACCAUAGCGAAUUCUUUUUUCAAUUUCAAAAUUCCAUUCUGACAAAAGCCAUAGCGUUUAGAAACAAAAUACGUUCAUUGCUUCUUUCCCUUCGCGGUUAUACCGUUCUUGUGAAAUUGUCUUGGCAAUUCAUCUCCGCAUUAUAAUCUAAUUUACUCGGAGUAAGUGUUAAGUGCCUUAUGUCAGUGUAAAGUGACGUGUAAAAUAAGUAAUCAGGUCAAAGACCUUUGCUUCUGUUAGCUUUUAAGAAAAUUCACCACGCUGCGCAGGUCCGUGAUCAAAGUCAUGAAGAUCAAACUGCCGCGAGACCGUUUCCCGUCCACAUCAUCCACCGACGAGAACGAGAGCGGCGCUGAAUGGGACACGCUGGUGGCGCCGCCCCCGCGCCCCGCGUACAUCCACCACCCGCCGCCGCCGCAGGCUGUCGUCGGAGGCGCCGUGCGCAAGCGUCGCGGCAACCUUCCCAAGCACGCCGUCAAGAUACUCAAGAGAUGGCUGUACGAGCACCGAUACAACGCGUACCCCAGCGACGCGGAGAAGCUGACGCUGAGCCAAGAGGCGAAUUUGACAGUUUUACAAGUAUGCAACUGGUUUAUAAACGCCCGCCGUCGAAUCCUGCCAGAGAUGAUCCGCCGCGAAGGCCACGACCCCCUGCACUACACCAUUUCACGCCGCGGCCGCAAGCAGAGCUCCGCCAUGAUGGCCCCGCCCGGCCAGCACCUGCAGGGCUACGGCCAGAUGGGCAUGGGGAUGAACAUGGGGAACAUGGCUAUAGGGAGCGUGGCGUCCACGUCGGGCGUCGUCGUAUGGGACGGCAUUGGGAUUGAUGCCAAUACCGAUCACAACCGCAGCCACGUGUACGGCGACGGUCUCCUGGUCUACCGGAGCGACGGCGACGAGCUGGUCGAGGAGUACUCCAGCAUCAGCGAGGAGGAGGUCAAGUACGAUCCGUCCGUGUGGCAGUCGGUCAUCAGCUGCUCCAGCGAGAGGCUGCAGGAUGACAGAGACACCGGCGCCGUAGUAACCGUGUCCACCUCCGAAGAGAUCGACGUGGUCGGCAACUCUAAACUAGAUACCGGUGGUUGGCACCCGCAGUUGGCCCACCUGCCCCAGCUGCCGCACCCGCUCCGCCGCGUCCAGGUGGUGCCGGCUGAGAGAGAUGGGGACAGCGACAAGUUCAAGUGUCUCUAUCUCCUCGUGGAGACUGCGGUCGCCGUGCGUCAGAGGGAGAAGGAACAAGAAGACCUUAUUGGUUAAAAUCGCAUUUGGAAUAACAGCGCCCUACUUCGAAAAUCGAAAUUUCGUUAUCUGCCUCUCUGUCGCUCUUGUGUAUUCGGAACGGAACGGAUAGACAGGCAGAUAAAGAAAUUUCAAUUUUAGUUUUUCGUGAUAGAAUAGAGGUAUUUUCUAGAAAAGUUAAUAAGACACGUAAAGAGAUUCAAACUACUGCAGGCGUAAUUUUGUUACUGAAGGUUAUAUGGCGUUGUGGCGUUGUAUGAGAUAAGAGAAUUUGAAAUAGAGGUGGAUUGUCAAAGAAAAUUUUGUAGCCACAGUGAAUUUACUGCCAUCUUUACACUGAAUCCGAAAACAUGAUUAAACCUUUUAGAACGCCAUUUGCCAUUUGACUAUGGUCCUUAUUCUUUCACUGAUAUGUGUUAAAUUUGUUAAAAAUCAAAAAGUGGCGCCAUCUAAUAGAUCAAAAGCCUAAAGGUACGGCAGUAUCGUUUCGAGCGAUGGCGCUACAAACUGCCCUUUGCCCGGCAAGAUGGCGCGACAGUUUGAUAUUUAACAAAUUAAACACAUAAAUAAUAAAUAAAUAAAUAUUAUAGGACAUUAUUACACAAAUUGACUAAGUCCCACAGUAAGCUCAAUAAGGCUUGUGUUGAGGGUACUUAGACAACGAUAUAUAUAUUAUAUAAAUAUCUAUAAAUACUUAAAUACAUAGAAAACACCCAUGACUCAGGAACAAAUAUCCAUGCUCAUCACACAAAUACAUGCCCUUACCAGGAUUUGAACCCGGGACCAUCAGCUUCGUAAGCAGGGUCACUACCCACUAGGCCAAACCGGUCGUCGAACCAAACAUAUCGGUAAAAUAAAAAGGAUCAAAGUCAAAUGGCGUUCUAAGUUUUAAUGAUGUAUCGAAAGAUAACAGUAAAUUUACUGUGGCUACAAAAUUUUCUUUGUCAAUCCACCUCUAUUUCAAAUUCUCUUUACUAGAACAAAACGUAUAUAGACGUAUAUCGCCAUCUACUUUAGCUAUCAAAUUAUCGUCUACAAUAUUUUUAGACUACUUUAUGCAGCUAAGUAUCCUGUGUCUACAGCAUGGUUUAUCUAAUAUCAAUCCUCUAUAUUGGUACGUAAGAUUUUCUCCAAGA